UUGAUCGUGAUUUUGUGUUUCUGGUUUAUUUUUCACCGCUUAAACUUUAAUUAUGGGUGGAUCAGAAAGCAAAAAUGACGAUCAAUUUUCCGAAGUUCAUUUUACAGACGACGAGAAGAGAUACAUUUCUAGAUUAUUUUCUAAAUUGAGUCAUGAGAAAAAACACCUUUCUAAAGACCAACUCGAGUCUCACACUGGGGUAAUCUUGGGUCCUACACUGACAGACAAUCUGUUUAGAUGGAUGCUAGCAACAGACCCCAAACACCAUGAUGUGAGGGAAGUGACGUUACCAACUUUUCUUUUGUGUGUUUCCAAACUGCUGCGAGGAACCAUCACAGAUCGGUCUCAUAUAAUACUGAACUUAGCUGGUCAUGGACAAGCAACUGUUGGAGCCAAGGAGUUGGUGAAGUGUGUGGAUAUGUUGCUUUACUCCUUUGCAAGGGUUGUGGAAAAGUCAUCCGAGUUUAAAUCUUGGAUUCUGCACCGAUGUGAAGAUUCGUUCACUCGUCUGGCAUUGUCACUGCUGGAAGAUCUUCUUCACACAGGUGAUUCCAAGACCAAGGGUUUGAGUUUACCCAUCAUUCCAGAGGGAUGUGAAUAUUCAGCAGAUGAUAUCGAAAACUGGCUGUCAAAAUGUUCACUCUUUCUUCAGGUCUUCGAACAUGUCUUCCAUCAGUGUUUCUGUGUAUAUAAGGGUAUCCAAGAAAGAAACCAUCUGGUUGUGCCACGAAUACCAUUUGCCAAACACAUCGAGUGGUCACGAGUUAAGACGUUACUGGAUUUACCCAGUCUGAUAUUUCUCAACUCGUGUCUGCCCCACGAUCUGCAGCAUGAGUGGAGAUUCCUCUUCAACAAUCAGAUCUUCGGUGACAGUUUCUCGCAGCUCGUACAGCACAUUGCGGGACCCAGCAAGGGACCCAGUGUGAUCAUCAUCAAAGAUAAAGAUGGACAUUUAUUUGGUGGUUUUGCAAGUGUGUCGUGGCAGGUUAGCUCAAAGUUCACAGGUGAUACCCAGUGUUUUCUGUUCAGUUUGUCUCCACACUGUGGCGUGUACACAACGACAGGUUACAAUGAUCACUUCAUGUAUUUGAAUGUCAAUGUCCAGACCAUGCCAAAUGGCUUGGGAAUGGGUGGCCAGUUUGAGUAUUUUGGUUUGUGGAUUGACCAUGCAUUCAGUGUUGGCCACAGCAAGGCUGGUCCAAAAUGUACCACUUAUGGCAGUCCACAGUUGUCGGGAAAGCCCGAGUUUGAAGUGGAUGUGAUUGAAGUGUGGGCUGUCGGACCUGAAAAGAAAGUGGAAGGAGAAGAUACAUCAGACGAGGAAAGUGAUAAAAAGAAGAGUGUGUUGGACAAAGACCCCGAGGCUCUGGCUAUGUUGUCACUGAUUGGGAAGGGACCCGUCAGCGAGGGACUCCGGGAGGGAGACGAGACAGCAGAUUCGCCGGAACACAACAAAGUUGUUUCUUUAUUCUGAUGCCUGUCAAAUUUUCACUUGCAUUCACAGGUGCAUCACCAUGGGGAUGGGGAAACUUUUUUUUCUGAGAUUUGUUUUAUGUAAUUGUUUUGCAAAAAUCUCAACAAAAUAGCCAAAAGGUGUAGGGGGGUGGGGGUGACCGGCUCAGAGGGUUACAAAUGAAGCUUCUUCUUUUUCUGACAGAGUUUUGUUUUUUUGCAAUUCUUUGCCAAAACAACCAUUACCAUAAACUAUACUAGUUUAUUAGACAAACCAACCCUUUCCAAUAGUGUCCUGGUGACAUCCAUGAUCUUACUGUCGAAGGUACCUGGAUUCUGUUGUGUUUUCUUCAAACUGGCAGUGAUCAA